AUGGAACAGCCGAAUGGUCACCACGGCGAGAAUGAACCAGAGACCGGGGGGGGAAACGAAGACGCGGCGCGGCACCACGGCGAGAAUGAACCGGAGACCGGGGGGGGAAACGAAGACGCGGCGCGGCACCACGGCGAGAAUGAACCGGAGACCGGGGGGGGAAACGAAGACGCGGCGCGGCACCACGGCGAGAAUAAACCAGAGACCGGGGGGGAAACGAAGACGCGGCGCAGCCUCCACUGA